GUUCCUGUGGGCACAGAACCAGAUGGUAUGAACAUCUUGGGCCUGGUUCUCUUUGCCAUGGUGUUCGGUGUGGCACUGAGGAAGCUGGGAGAGGAGGGGGAGGAGCUCAUACGCUUCUUCAACGCUUUCAAUGAAGCCACCAUGGUGCUGGUGUCCUGGAUCAUGUGGUACGUCCCGUUCGGCAUCAUGUUCCUGGUGGGAAGUAAGAUAGUGGAGAUGGAGGAUGUGGUUCUGUUGGUGACCAGUCUGGGGAAAUACAUAUUUGCCUCUGUCCUGGGUCAUAUCAUCCACGGGGGUUAUCCUGCCUCUCAUCUACUUUGGGUUCACACGCAAGAACCCCCUUCAGCUUCCUGUCCGGCCUCAUCACGCCCUUCACCACCGCCUUCGCCACCUCGCUCCAG